UCUAAAAUUAUAAUGUGUGAGUCAUGGCCCUUAGAUGAUCUUAACCUUUACUAGAGGAUACCCUGCUUUGUAUUCAGCAGCAUAAACAACUGAGCAAGGACCUGUGCAGACCUGGUGAAUACAACAGGACCCUUUUGAAUUCACUAAUCAGAGAAAUAUGAAGAUGUUGGUUUCCCUGUGUUUUUUAAUUGUUGGAAUCCUUUCCAACAGUUACUGCUAUGAGCCUUAUCCACAAGGGGUAAGAAACCAGAACCCAAGAGCACAAGAAAACCAAAAUGUGCCAUGGCAGAAUGUAAGGAACAGUGUUUGUCGAUUUGCAUGUUGUUUCUACAAAGAUAUUUCUUCUCGCGAAAACAACGGAAACGUUUUCUUCUCUCCUUUGAGCAUCUCAACCGCCUUUGCAAUGCUGACUCUGGGUGCCAGAUCAGACACCCUGACACAGAUUCUUAGGGUCCUUUGCUUUAACCCUCGUCAGAUUUCUGAAAAUGAGAUACAUGAAGGUUAUCGUCAACUCAUGCAAGUGGUAAACAGAAGGAAUGCUGGGCUACAGUUGAAUAUGGGAAAUGUUCUGUUUGUGCUUGAUCGACUGAAGCCACAAGAAAGAUUUUUAAGUAAUCUCAGAAACUUCUAUGAAGGAGAAGCUUAUCCUAUGAACUUCAAGCAGGCUAAUCAAGCCCAGAUAAAGAUCAAUGAAUAUGUAGCAAGAAGAACGAAUGGAAAAAUCAGGGACCUCAUAAAUAACCUAGAUCCACUUACUGAAAUUCUCCUUAUUAGCUAUAUUUAUUUUAACGCUGAAUGGGAAAAACCUUUCGAUCCAAAGUACACCAAAAUGAGCAAAUUUUUUGUGGAUGGGACCAAGGUUGUUGAAGUCCCAAUGAUGUUUGGAAUUGGCCUGUUCAAGCAUGGCUAUGAUGAGCAGCUGUCUUCCACUGUGGUGCAAAUGGAUUACAAAGGAGGUGCUUCAGCGUUUUUUAUUCUGCCUGAUAGAGGAAGAAUGAGGAAGCUGGAGAAAAGAUUGUCUUGUGAACAUUUGUCAAGAUGGUCGACAUUAGUCACAAAAAGCUCAGUAAAUUUGUAUCUUCCAAAAUUCACGCUUUAUGGGACAUAUAACCUAAAAGAUAUCUUAUAUAAAAUGGGCAUCAUGGAUCUAUUCACUGAUAAGGCUGACCUCUCUGGGAUCACUGGGCAGCCUCAGCACAGAAUCUCCCAGGCUAUUCAUAAGGCUGUGGUAAAGGUGGAUGAGACUGGCACCGAAGCAGCAGCUGCCACAGGCAUGGAAAUAGUGCCCAUGUCCGUUCCAAUUACCGUUAGUUUCAACAGGCCCUUCCUAAUGGUCAUAACUAUGGAAAACACUAUACUCUUCAUGGGAAAAAUUGUGAACCCUCUGAAGAGAAAUUAAGUUAAUGUACAAAUUAGGUAUGUGGUGAUGACCACUCCUAGAUCAAGUAUUAGACCUGAUGAGUAUGGCAUGGCUACAGAGGGGCUCCCCACAUCUUAACUGAUGUUAUUCACUGUUUUUUGUAGAUGAGACUCUUCAUCCAUUUAAGUUACCAUACUUGCAUGUUUGUUUGGGCCUUGCUUCGUUUUUUUUUUUUUUUUAAAGAAGGUUGCAUUCAUGCAGAACUGUCAUUAGCUCUGGGACAAAAUAGGCCUGUGUGAUGCUGACAGCAUAGAUACAUCUUCUAGCAGGGAAGAUGAGGAGCAUGUGGGUGGAGAGGGUUGUGUACGUCUGCUUCUUCCCUCAUGGCUGCCUUCUCUCCUAUUUUUUAUGUUGACUGACAAAUAGGUACAAGUUAUGUCACUUUACUAUUUGUGUCAAUUUUCCUACCAACAUGAAGUUCAUAGCUAGCAUAAACCUUAACGUGCAUAAUGCUUAUUACCUUCCCUAGUACCAUUGUUGUCCAGUGAGUCUAUUACACCCUUGCCUGUCAGCUGUUGUCCCAGCUUGGCUGCUGCAAAGGGGUCUCAAAGAAGGGUAUUUUCCCCCUGCAGAUACAUACUGCUCUGCCUAUUCUUUCUGUGUAAUCAAUAGUCCAGACUCAUUCCAGGGCAAACCUUAGAGGUUCUAAGAAUUUGAUCUAAGAAUAAAAGAGAUAGAUCUGAUCUCUGCACUUGGGCGCCCUGAAGCCAACCAUUGCAAAUCAAAUACGCAGCUCAGAGCAGCCAGAAGACUACUUCUACCACACGCCUGCACCUAAAGUAGCUCCUAGAAGUCCCCAGGCAGCAGGGAGCACAAGCCAUGUCCCCCUGGGUGCCAGAGUCUGUACCAUUACUGUCUGUGCCUGGGAGAUUACCCAUGGCAGCAAGCGCCACUCCAGUAUUGUUUGUAGGAUCAGGCACCCCACCAAUAACACCCAUACCCUACCAGUGGUACUUGCCACCUCUCUUGAUAUAACCCCUUCUGUUCCCAGACUGUCUGGUAAUACAGCAUUGGUACUCUUCUUCUCAUCUGCUUCAUGGUUAGUAUAGCCGCAAUAUUAUAAAGGGCUGUUUUCACUAUUAAGAGGCACAAUAACCAGUCACAAUCAUAAUGAACAUGCUUAUUUUAUUUCCUUGUUUUCUUUCCUAUCUAUUUUUUUCUUCUGGUUUUUACAACAAUAAUCAUUAUUUUAUUUCUUUGCUCAUGUUCCUGGUAUAUAUCUGAUCUCUGGUUGCAGGAGGGGUCAAUUCUUGACUAAAUUGGGUUAGUCUGUUAAUAGGUAUUGAGCACUUACACAAGUCUUUGUACAGCCUUGAAAUAUGCAGACAAAUGUACUAUGGGAGAACAACAACAAUUAAUAAACAUGACAUUAAAAAAUUUCAAA